UUAUUGUGGGGUGCCUCUUUCUAGGACUGGGCUGAAGCCUCAGAGCCCCAGCUGAUAACCCUGGGGCCAGAUCAUGUCAGCUAACAAAGGCUGGUGGGUACCACCUGAGGGCGAAGACAGUGUGUCUCAGAAGUUCCUGAGGAAGACCAGGGAGUCUCCGCUGGUGCCUGUAGGCUUAGGAGGCUGCCUGGCAGUGGCAGCCUACCGGAUUUAUCGGCUGAAGGCCCGUGGUUCCACCAAGAUGUCCAUACACCUGAUUCACACCCGAGUGGCGGCGCAGGCCUGUGCUGUGGGUGCAGUCAUGCUAGGUGAGUGGCUGCCAGGGUCCCAGGAGAAUAAGAACAGAGCUGAUGAGGCAAAAUCUGGCUGUGAGUCCUGACAGUUAAGGGAUGCUGAUUUUAGUCCCUGUUCCCUAUAGUAAGCUCCACAGCAAGUCUUGGGUGACACUCCCAAACCAAGCCAUUUUCAGGAUUCCUUGUUUUAUCUCCUGUCCCAGGGCCUGUGGGGAUGGUGCAGUUGGUUUCGUGACAGUUUGUUCUAGAUGUGAGAAAAAUCACACAGCAGAACAUAUGCUGAACUUCUCUUCCUCUCUGGGUCAAGAGGCAGGCAGCUACGGACUAGCUGUGUGACCGUGGACAAAUCCUUCUCUGAGCCUCAGUUUGUGUCCAACAUGAUGAUAAGCACCCUGGCUUGCCUACCUUGCAGGCUGCUGUGAGGUUUCUCAGAUAGGUAAUCUGUGUGGAAGGGCUUUGUGAACUGUCAACGGGGUGUUUCCCUAGGCCGUGUGGUCAGGUGCUCAUGGCAGCUGUUGAGACCCAGAGCAAAAAGAUGAGCAGAGAAGCUGGACUCUCAGGGGAACGGCUGGAGUCAGACUCCUGGGAGAGCCAGAGGAUGGGUGCAGGGUUCGGUGUUAUGGGAUGUUUUCCCUUCC